AUGAACCCUCCAACGUCCACCACCCGCCCUAUCCAGAAACUUUCCAAGGCAGUCGCCAAAUGUUCAGUAGAGGCUACUGCGUAUGGGAAAUGCAUCGUGGCGGAUUAUAACGAUGUCACCAAGGACAAGUGCGCUCGGGAAUUCAUGAGGUUGAAGGACUGCUACUUGGUGAGUCGACAUGUGCCUUCUUCUAUACAUAUUACUGUAUAA